UUUUUGUAGGUUAUGUGUAUAUAGUUUACAUCAAAAAUUAGCUCUUUGCUGAAUGUUUGCUGAUUGUUGAAUGAUACGAGAUGGAAACCGAAAAUGAGCGUCCAAAUAUUAGAAUUGAAAUCCCGAAUCAACAAAUGGAAGUUGAUGAAUCUGAGAAUGAGGACGGAGAAAUUGUUGAUGACGAACCACAAGAAAUACAAGUACAACAAAGUCUCCCUGCAUCAGUAUUUACUACAGGUAUAAAUAUUUUCGAUGAAGAAGAACAUAGAAAGCGACUAGAAAGAGCUAAGAGAUUUGCAUUAAAACCAGAAGAAAUUCACUGUUUUACAGAUGCUGAUCAUGAAGAGCUCAGAGAUAGUUUGGGAAUUACAGAUGAUAAUGAAAACUUAAUCAGGUUCGAUACAGUGCAUUUGUUGGGUACGAAAGAUAUGUUAAUAGAAGACAUAUUGGACUACUUUGCCAAAUAUGCACCAACCGAAAUAGAGUGUGUUGAUGAACAAAGUUGUAACAUAAAAUGGAUCGAAAAUAUAACUGCAGCUAGGGCUAUGUUUUAUACAUCUAAAGCAGUAAAGGGAAUGCCUGUUAGGGAGCAAGUGUUGGUUAAAGACUUUCUAGAUGGAGAAGAACCUGAAGAGGAGCAUGGUCAGAGUAUUUUGCUUAAAAAUAGACAAGUGGAACUCUCGGUAGAUGGCAUUAUUGUGCCAAAUACUGCUAAGGAUAAGUUUAAAAAUGCAGUUGAUAUUACAGAAAUAACAAUACCUAUUCCACCUGGUUACUGGAGACUGGGUGACAAACAUCCAAAAGCCAAAUGCUUGUUGUUGAGAUAUGCAUUGAAGACUGACAAAAAACCGUACAAGAUUGAAUACCUAGCCAAAUACUACAAAAGGAUGGGCACUACUAAAAAUCUGUCAGAUACAAAACGCGAGCGUGGGAGUAUCUUUGACAGAAAUAAAGAUCUGCCAAGGGGUAAGAAUCCAUGGGGGAAUUUGGCCAGGAAUUGGGAUAAAGAUGCCAAAUUUAGGGAAACUACACCCACAUCAGGAGAAACUGUAGAAAUAAAGAAUUCCAGUCUAGCUACAAGAUUAGGAGUGAAACCUCGCACAGAUUCAGAAAAUGAAGUGGAGAUAGUUGAAGAAGAAACCACAGUCAAGAAACCAAAAGGUAGGUCGAUGCGAAUGCGUAUGUACGCAGACGAAGAGGAAGAAAGGAUAAAAAUAAGGAAAGCCAUCCAAAAGCUGAAAAAUCAAACUGAGAAAUUGAAAAAGGAACCCAAAGAUUUAAGAACCAUUUUAAGCAUAAACAACUACAGAGAACCCAUCGAAGUGAUCGACUUGGUGGAAGAUGAUCUGGGCAGGAAACUUAAGAAUAGGUCGCGGCAGAUCGUCUUCUCCAUCGAUAGGGAUCCUGCGGAGCUGCGACGUGACCGAAAAGAAAACAUCAAGUCUGACGUGCGUUCGGUGUUAAAUAGGAGAAGAGCUCGAUCUAGAUCGCCGUAUGAACACAGGAGGGGUGAACAUUCGCAGAGACACCGAGCCAGAAGCCCCCUGCGCAGAGACGAAUCCCCCGUUCGGCGACGUUCGCCAUUACACCGAAGACACGCAACGCCCGAACGUACCGUCAGAUACAACAGAUAUUCUAAAUAUCAGGAGUACGACCACUCGGAUCAAGAGGACGCCGAGGCGAAACCCAGAAGUAAGGUGGCGGUCGUGAUAAAGAAACAAAAACAGCCGACGGUGGCGUCUACGAUCUGGUCCAAAGCACAAGAGAGCGAGAGCGAGGAAAGUUCCAGCUCCGAGGAGGAGAGUUCGAAUUCUGAGUCGGAAAGUGCUAGUUCCAGUGAAGAAAGCGAAUCGGAGUCCGAGGAAUCCGAUAGCGGAUCUUCGUCGUCCGAAGCGGAAGAUACGCCACAAACGCGGAAAAUUGCAAGACCGGGUUUUGAUUAUAAUGCGGGUACUCUAAAACCGAGCACUCUUAGGAUUACGAUGGCCAAUGACAGGUAUAAAAGGGAUUAAAUAAGAGUGUGAAACAUAAAUGUACAAUUUGUAAAUUUG